CGCUUCGACACCCUCUACAGCGUCGAGUACGACAAUUCCACCAUCUAAUACCCUUACUGCUCUCUCUACUUCAACUGCGAAGUCUGCGUGUCCAGGCGUGUCUAUCAAGUUAAUCCUGUGGUCUCUCCAUUCGAGCGGUACAGACGCAGAUUGGAUCGUUAUCCCGCGUUCACGUUCUGCAGGUAGAAAAUCAGUGAUUGUUGUACCCUCGUCGACAUUCCCUCUGUUUUUCAGUAUCCCAGACGCACAGAGAAGACUUUCUGUGAGUGUAGUCUUCCCGCCGUCAAUAUGGGCAACGAUACCGACGUUGCGGGUACGAGCUGCAUCUGACCAGGCUUGUGUCUUGUAUCCUCUACUGUAAUGGCAGAGUGUUCUGCUCAGCCGGAAUGUUGGCCUGAGUAACAUCGCCGUUGGAUAUCAAGGAAGAAGAUGACCUUAGGUUUAUGUUUGUAGCUUUCCUUGUAAUUUACCGACCAAAUGAGUACUCCAUUUCUCUACACCAAUUUCUUGGUUUUUAACUAUUAACAUAUGAACAAAAAUGGGAUAAAGUACAGAAUAAUAAGGGAAAAUAAAAAUGAAUUCAGUGUAUACAACAACUCCUUGAGGCUUUACUUAGCCCAUAAAUCAGGGUUCCUAUCUCGGAAGUUCUUAUUUAAGGAUACAUUCUCAGGCCGUGAAACAAUGCGUUCAGUUCGCACAGCCGCUGGAAACUGGUUGAUAACACGCGACGACGCAACGUGCAUCCUUUCUAUGCGUUUAGAUCAGUGGUCUCAGCGCUUUUAUUUCGAUACCCGGGCUGGAAGAUGUCGCCUUAAGAUGAAUGAGCUUCAGUGUAAUAUUAAAAAUGAAAAAACAGGUGCAAUUAUUGCUUUAGCAGAGUAUGCACGCGGUGUCGAUACCCUCAUUAUUUCGACAGAAGAUGAGCAUGAUGAGUAUGUCGAACAGUCUUUUUUACAUACACUCAACUAA